CGAUGGUACCGGAGAUCCAGCCUGAGCCAGCCGGCUUGAAAUACCGAAAAUACGACGAUUUUUUCGCAAUAAUUACAGUAAUUCCGAGAGUGUAUCGAGUUUAAAUUAAAUCCAGCAAUAAUUAUUUUUAAUCAAAAUAAAAAAUGGCCGUGGACUUGAAGCUGCAGCUGAAACUGAAAACUCUGCUGACCAAGUUCAUGGUGCAUGACCACGAAGUGAUCGACGACACGUGUUUGGAGAAGCUCCUGACGCAACUCUCCAAGGAUGAGUACACUGCGGCGCUUCUGGACAUUCAGGAGUGCCGUGCGUUCUGCGAGUGUGCGCUGCAGUCCUUCGAGAAGGGCGCCGUCGGAGACACGCUGCUCUCGUUCUCGCUGCGUCUGCACGGCCUGGUGAUCAAGAACGAGCAGACCUUUUCCUUGGUCGAGGUGCGCGAGUCGACAGAGAGGAUCACCUCGUCGCCUCGGUGGAUCGUGACCAAUAAUGUCUCCAUCCAGUUCUCCUUCGUCCAGAUGGUGUCCUUCCUCCUCAGUCACAACGCCGGCGUCACAUUUCUCGAAAACUCAGAUAUCUGGAGGACGGUGAAGAAGCUGUACGAAAAAAACAGCAGCAUCUACGUGUCCCGCGAGUGCCAGACUUUCCUAAAAAAUUUCAUCAUGAAAGCGAGCCCCUCGAAGCGUGAGUUGUGCAGCGAAAUCCUUCAGGGUGCGCUAGACACCCUCGAAAGCAACAAAACGGACCUGAACGCGGCCGCCGACUUGCUAAUUUCGGUGCUCGAAGAGACCUUGCGAGAAAACAAGCCGGGCGUGUGUGCCCUGGUGCGGCAGCGGCUCAAGCCGAUUUGCAGUGACUUGUUGAGCAUCGCGAAUUUGGACAAAGUGGUGCUUGUGAAAGUGGCCAAACUGGAGCUGCUGCUGCUCUUCUGCGCGGUGCAGCCGACCGACGAGGCGCUGCAAGCGCUCGAGCACGACUCGCUCGAGCUCAUCCGCCGGCUGGUGGUGCUCAAGGAAAUCGCCACCGUGCAGGUCCUCACCGCCCACUGCCAGAUAUACUGGAAAAUCGUGCAGCCCCGCGUGCAGUGCGUACACAGAAAGUACUCGUACGACGUCCAAAUCGUCUACGUACAGUUGAUGCCUGUGAUGAAAAACAAAAACGACGACAUCGACAUCAAAGAAGCCAUCAAGAACUUCUUGGAGAACCUGUGUUGCUGCACGAGUUCGGAGACGCAGGUGGCCGGCUGCUACUUCCGCAAACUGUGCUUCAGCCAGACCGACCACCAGAAAAUCGCCUGCAGAAGCAUCCACUCCCUCCUCCAGCUCAAGGACGUCUUGGAAAGGUCGACGAGUUUGAAGGUGUUUCGGGCGUUGAUGUGCAUCGUGGUGCAGCUGGUGAGCAGCAACAACAACGAAAUCAUCGAGAUCCAGGAGAGUGGCUUGAUGAAGACGGCUCUGGAGGCGUUGAUCAAGAUGAUGGACCAUUUCCACUUCACCUGGACCGAGAGCUUCGAGACGGUCGAGAUUCUGCACUACAUGCAAGAUUUGCUCUGCGAGACUGCUCUGGAAGACCAACAGAUCUGUCUUAUCUUGCAAGUAAUGCGACGGGCCGUGGAGGAUUUCCUGCCGCCCAACCUGGCCCUGCUCACGAACACUCUGGAGGGAAAUUUGCAAAACCUGGGGCCGCAGCUGUAUAAAUGUCUGCAGAGUUCGAGCUGGGAGGUGCGGGACAGCGCCCUCGAAGUCGUCGCAGUCGUAGCUAAAAUCUCCAUUGACAAGUUCCCAGCAUUCCAGGACCACCUGAUUCAGCACAGUCUGUGCGGUCAGGUCGUGUCGAUGGCUCAGGGCGACUCGGACGGCUACGUUCGCAGCUCGGCGCUGAAAUGCCUGUCGACCAUGGUGGCCGUGCCGCACUACUGGGACAGGUGUCUCAAGGAGCAAAACGUGCCGCACCUUCUCACCACCAUCCUCUGCCAGGACUCGGAAGGGCUCGUCCGACACCCUGCCGCCUCGCUUGCCACCGCCAUGUUGCAGUACGACAGACUCAAAUCUGAUGAAAAGGAGAAUCUGUACCUGGUGAUGGCGUCGGCGGCGGCGACGGACCUGCACUGGGAGGUGAAAGUAGGCGCCUUGCUCUUCUGGGAGACGGUGAUGAAGCAGCAGCUGACAGCCCAAGGAAUGAUCGACGGCAAAUUCCCCGACGUGACCUUCAGCAGCACGACGCGGCGGAUCGUGACGCUGGACAAGCGCGAGGUGCAGAACCGGCUGCAGCAGGUGCUGAACGAGCUGUCGCGCGUCCGCUGCCUCUCGGUGCUGCUCUCCGCGCUCGACGACCCGGACCUGCACGUCGUGAGGAAGGCGGCUGAAAUUGUCAAGCACUUUCUGCAGCAGCUCGACGAGCACGGUCUCUUGGUCAAAGGGACAAAUUCGGAACAGCAAAACGACUCGAUUGCGCAAGAAAAACCCGUCACCAAAGAAAUUCCUGCGAACCGAGCGUCCGACAGCGACGUGGCGAUGGAGAGCGCCAACAGCAACAGCGUGAUCGACGGCAUCGUGGGCGCGUCGGACCUGUCGCUGCUGGCGGCGGUGUGCCGCACGCAGCUGCAGGUGUCGGAAAUGCAGCCGGCGGCGCCGCAGCAGGUGCUGCUCGUGUCGGCGGACGACUUCCUGAAGGCGGCCGGCGCCAUGGACGUGGACCAGAUCGUCAGCUGCAAGGAGGACUGGCUCUUCCGGACGCACGACCACCUCGAGAGCCUCCUCACGGACAUGCUCGAGGCCAGGGAUUUCCAACACAACACAAACGACAUGGACUGCUACUGAAUUUUUAAAUAAAAUUCCGUUUAAACCGUUGAAA